UAACAGCACUAUCUGCAAACAAAAGUUGAGAGUAACGACAUCACAAGUUCACAACGUGUCUGCAUCUAUGUUUUUAUUUCUCCACAGGCAACUGGAAUGCGUUUGAGAAGCAAGUUUUGCUGAACAAACGCUGCCUUAAUUUGGGCAUGUCUGCAGCGGCGCGUUUGGGUAGAAGAGUAGGCACAACAGCAAAGGAAGAACUGAGAAGAAACAAAGGAGCAUGGCGCGAUCCUCUUCCGGCCGCCGCUUCUCGCGCAAUCGCGGAGAGAAUCCCGUUGGCGGAUCUCGUUGUCCAAGUCAGAGACGCAAGGAUUCCUUUGUCCUCUGAAUGUGAGAUACUCAGAAACUACCCUCCUUCCCUGAAACAAAUCGUAGCGCUCAACAAAAUGGACCUCGUGGGCACAUCGAAUGUGAAGGCAUGGAUGGGAUAUUUUAGGGAAAGGAACUGCAUAUCUUGUGGGGUCAAUGCUCAUAACAAGGAGAACAUCAAACAGCUUCUUAGCCUUAUACAACGCCGGGUGAGUGAAUUGAAGGGAGCUGAUCAAUGUGACAAUAAUUAUACCGCUACAGUCAUGUUAGUCGGGAUUCCAAAUGUUGGAAAGUCGGCACUUGUCAAUGCUUUGCAUCAAGUGGGGAGAAUCAGUGCAGCAGAAAAAGGAAAGUUAAAGCAUGCAACUGUGAGUCCAGAGCCAGGGGAGACUAAAGACAUACGAAGUUUUAAGAUUGGUAGCCAUCCCAAUAUCUAUGUGUUAGACACUCCAGCUAUUUUAUCUCCCAAGGUUCCUAAUGUUGAUAUUUUAUCUAAAUUAAUUUUAACAGGAGCAAUUGGGGAUUGUUUAGUCAGGAGAAAAGAAGUUGCUCAACAUUUUCUAGCUAUUCACAACUCUAGUGAGCAAUACAAGAAAUGGGAAAAAUUGUCUAUGAAGGAUAAUGAUAGAUUAUUCCUUAACGGGACAACAGAACAGUUGACUAGCUCUGGGUUGCAUAUGAAGCAUAAAAACCAAAUCCCUACAGAUCACACACAGGACUCCAUAGUGCAGGAUGUUCGACGAACACUGUUUGAAACAAUUUCAUCAUUCGAAGGUGAUGUGAGAUGUGAAGACGAAAUGGAAGCACUUAUUGCAAGGCAGUUUACUGCCUUGCAGGAAGCUUUCCAUGUUUCAAUUGAAUCUGAAGAAGAUGAUGCUCAUGACAAGGUUGCUGGGAAGUUGCUUAAUCUUUUCCGUACUGGUCGUCUUGGACAUUAUAUUUUAGAUAAUCUUCCCGGAUAUAUUCAAUGAUCAUUGUUGUCCAAUUGAUACUAGUACUUCCAUGGAGGUGGUUUUUGUGACAAGUCAUUGCUUGCCUUUUUAUUGUAUCUGUCUGCUAGUUUUUUGUAACCUUUUUAGGUUGACCCAGUUAGGAAUAAUGAAGUGUAUAUUAAUAUCAGAAUCGCAUAUAUAUAUAUAUAUAUAUAUGUGUGUGUG